ACGGGAACCGCGGCGAAGACUCGCUCCAUCCAGCCUCGUCGCAGGGCGCCCUGGACGCGUAGAGUCGGCGUGCUCCAAGCAACCAGGCAUCAGAUAGUGUGGUGGACGUGGAGUCAGGAACGGCUGUAUUUGGAUCCUAUCUCGGAUACUCCCUAGCUAUGCGACGAUGGAAGAUUGGAUUUUCAAUGGCAGAAGAAAGAGGAGUAAUCAGAUGACCGAGAUGAAUUAUAACAUUCUUCUUGAAGAGAUUCUUAUUAAAAGGUCGCAACAGAAGAAGAAGACUUCACCUUUGAACUACAAAGAGAGGCUUUUUGUACUAACAAAGUCUAUGUUGGCUUACUAUGAAGGCCGAGCAGAGAAAAAAUAUAGAAAGGGAUUUGUUGACAUUUCAAAAAUCAAAUGUGUGGAAAUAGUGAAGAUAGAUGAUGGUGUGAUUCCUUGUCAGAAUAAAUAUCCAUUUCAGGUUGUCCAUGAUUCAACUACACUUUACAUUUUUGCCCCCAGUGCACAAAGCAGAGAUCGAUGGGUGAAAAGCUUAAAGGAAGAAAUCAAGCACAACAACAACCUGAUGGUCAAAUACCAUCCCAAACUCUGGGCAGAUGGAAGCUAUCAAUGUUGUAGACAGACGGAAAAGUUAGCACCUGGAUGUGAAAAAUACAAUCUCUUUGAGAGUAGUAUAAAAAAAGUACUACCUCCAGCACCAGAAAAAACUAAGCGAAGACCUCCGCCUCCUCUUCCGCCUGAAGAAGAUAAAAAUGAAGAAAUAGUUGUAGCAAUGUAUGAUUUCCAAGCAACAGAAACACACGAUCUCAGACUAGAGAGAGGCCAAGAAUAUAUUAUACUGGAAAAAAAUGAUGUUCAUUGGUGGAGAGCAAGAGAUAAGUAUGGGAGUGAAGGAUACAUUCCAAGCAACUAUGUUACAGGGAAGAAAUUGAGCAACUUAGAUCAAUAUGAGUGGUAUUGCCGAAAUAUGAAUAGGAGUAAGGCGGAGCAACUCCUUAAAAGUGAAGAUAAAGAAGGUGGUUUCAUAGUGAGGGACUCCAGUCAACCAGGCAUGUACACAGUCUCCCUUUAUACCAAAUUUGGAGGGGAAGGUUCAUCAGGAUUUAGACACUAUCAUAUAAAGGAAACAACAACAUCUCCAAAGAAGUAUUAUCUUGCCGAAAAACAUGCAUUUAAUUCGAUCCCUGAAAUUAUUGAAUACCAUAAGCACAAUGCAGCAGGGCUUGUCACCAGGCUGCGGUACCCAGUAAGUGCUAAAGGGAAGAAUGCACCAACGACUGCAGGGUUCAGCUAUGAAAAAUGGGAGAUCAACCCCUCAGAACUGACCUUUAUGAGGGAAUUGGGAAGUGGACUUUUUGGAGUAGUCAGGCUUGGCAAAUGGCGAGCCCAGUACAAGGUGGCAAUCAAAGCUAUCCGAGAAGGUGCGAUGUGUGAGGAAGACUUCAUUGAAGAAGCCAAAGUGAUGAUGAAGCUAACUCACCCCAAAUUAGUUCAGCUUUACGGUGUGUGCACCCAGCAAAGACCCAUUUACAUCGUCACGGAGUUCAUGGAAUGUGGUUGUCUUCUGAAUUUUCUCCGACAAAGACAUGGUCAUUUCAGUAGAGAUGUUCUGCUGAGCAUGUGUCAGGAUGUGUGUGAAGGAAUGGAAUACCUGGAGAGGAACAGCUUCAUCCACAGAGAUCUGGCUGCCAGGAAUUGUUUAGUGAAUGAGUCAGGAGUUGUGAAGGUGUCUGACUUUGGAAUGGCAAGAUACGUCCUGGAUGACCAGUAUACCAGUUCUUCAGGCGCUAAGUUUCCAGUGAAAUGGUGUCCCCCAGAAGUUUUUAAUUAUUGUCGAUUUAGCAGCAAGUCAGACGUCUGGUCCUUUGGUGUGUUAAUGUGGGAAAUAUUCACCGAGGGGCGAAUGCCUUUCGAGAAAAACGCCAACUUUGAGGUGGUGACGAUGGUUAGCCGUGGCCACAGGCUUUAUCGGCCAAAGCUGGCUUCGAGAUACGUUUAUGAAAUGAUGCUGAGCUGUUGGCAUGAGAAACCAGAGGGAAGACCUUCGUUUGAAGAGCUGCUGCGCACAAUAGAUGAACUAGCAGAAUGUGAAGAAACUUUCGCAAGAUAAAUGGUGCUAUCUAACUGGUCGUUCCCUCAUGCCAGAGCGCAAGGAAAAUUGGUGCCUUGGGCAGAACUCUUAAUUUAUUUUGCACAUGGAUAAACAGCUUCUUUGGUUUAUUCCAGAGUAAUGCUAGGCUUUUACUUGAGGAGCACCCACAGCACUAAAAGUGUGGCUCAUCGUCCAAGUAGGACAGCCUUGCGGAAAGGAACUAUAAACUACAAAAAGGUAGCUCUUCAGAGACCUGGAGGGAAGCGUUGUCGUGUCAGUUGGAAGAAGCGAUGCCGGUGGUAACAACAGAAGUUCAGGAUCAGACAGGAACAGGAAUGGGGCCGUGAGCUGGAGGAAUGCCCUCCCAGCUUCUCUCCUCAUUGCUUUCUCAGACCCGGAACCUUCAUCCUGAAAAUAGGAACAGAAAAAGCAAAGAGACCAAAUCAUCUAAGUCUCCAUCAUUGGGGUCAUUUGCAAUAUAAUAGAAUUAAGCAUUCUUCAAUACUUAGUGUUGCUUGGUUGCAUGUGAUUGAUUAACUCAUUCUUCCAAGAAUUAAUGUUGUGUGUCAUCUGAAUGCAGUGGAGGGACACAAGAGCUGCAUAUAAUGUUUUCAGAGACGUAGGAGAUUGGAAAAGGAGAUGGAUCAGUCACAUAGCAAGAAUGAGAAAUGGCUGACCUUUACAUCCUAUUAUUGGCUUCUCUUCAGUGUCAAGAGAUCUAGAAGAAAGCUACAGAAUAUUGGGUCUCACCCAUUCACCCUAUCAGAAAAUCCAGUGGGAGGAUAUGAACCAGAGAUGAAGGGUUGCUAUCUGCCCUGUAGAAGGGACUCUCCACAUCCAUAAGAUCACAAGUCCAUUGAAGUAUUAAGUGAUGUCACAAUCCAUAUGAUUUACAUGUUGUAUGUAUUGUAAAUAUAUACAUAUACAUAAAGUUAUAUAUUUAUAAGAAA